AUGUCUGCCUUCCGCUCCACCACCCGCCUGGCCAACUUCUCGCGCACCUUUGCGCGCAACCCGGUUUUCCGCAACUUCCAGCGCCGCCGCAUCACCACGCCCGCCCAGGACAAUGUCGCCGCGCCCCCCAAGAGCGGCUUCGCCAAGUUCUGGCACAGCCCCGUCGGCCCCAAGACGGUGCACUUCUGGGCGCCUGUCAUGAAGUGGGCUCUCGUCCUCGCCGGCGUGGCCGACUUCUUCCGCCCUGCCGAGAUGCUCUCUCUCUCGCAGAACGCGGCGCUCAUGGCCACCGGCGCCAUCUGGACCCGCUGGUGCAUGAUCAUCAAGCCGCGGAACGUCUUCCUCGCUGCAGUGAACUUCUUCCUCGGCUGCGUCGGCUUCAUCCAGACGACGCGCAUUCUGCUCUGGCAGCGCUCGCAGAAGGGCGAGACGGUGACGGGCGAGCUCAAGGCCGCGGCCGUGGAGGAGAAGGACGCCGCUAAGGCCGCGCUCAGCGACCCCGUCGGCACGCUCAAGCGCGCUGAGCAGGGCAAAUAA